CUUAGACUCUAAUGUAAAUCAAGCCAUUGAGAAAGAAAGAGAGAGAGGCUUUUCUUUGCUGGAACCUGGCAACCUUAAAUUUAGGAUUUGCUUGUCACUUCUGCCGGCUUGUGAGAGUGUUUUCGGCAUGUGACUCUUUGAUUUAUUAUUUAGUUUACUUUAGUUUCCUUAUAUAUAUUUAUAUUUCAAAUGAUAACAGAACACUAUCGACAAUUAGUUAUGUUGAUAAGAAGAGGACUCAAAAAACAUUGGAUAUUUCACAACAUGAAGGGAUUUGCUGAAAAUGUUUCGGAGAAAGCACAGAGCAAGUUUCUCAAUGGACAAAAUAUUCUUAAGGGACAAUAUAAUUUCUUUACGAAGGAACUUAACCAGACUAUUAUGCAAGAUUUAAGUGUCAAGCAAUUAGAAGCCAUUACACCGUUGCCAAAAAGGGUUAUUAAGUGGUGGAGAUGGUAUCAUCAAUUGACAGGAUUGGAUGCUGUUGAAGCAGCUAAACAACAAGUAAUCAUUCUUCAAGAUAAAUUGUUUGAGUGUCAAGAUAAUAGAAGAUUUCUAAAUAAACAAUUGACAGAUAUUAGACUUGGAUUACAAGAAGUCUAUAGUGAAUUAAUACAGACUAAGCGAGAUGAUCCUAAAUAUGUGCAUUUAACUAUGGUAGAAAAUAAAAAAUUACGAGAGCAAAAUAAUAUCAUUAGUAGACUUGCAUUAUUGGAAAAAGAAGAGAAGGAAAAAUUUACACAAUUGACUACAGCUUUUAAAGAAUAUCAUGAUAACCAAAAUAUGAAUGCACAAAAAUACAAAUAUUUAUCUAUUAUUGCCUCAGUGAUAGUAGCAAUAGUAUCAUUAAUUGGUUCAAUAAUACUUAAUAAUCAGAGGAUAUUGAGUGUAAAAAAUGCUAUAAAUGAAGCACAAGAAAAAAAUGAAUCUUUAUUUCAUACAAAUACAAAUCAACUAUAUGACCUUCAGAAAAAAUUUCAUUUAUUUGAAACAAAAUUUUCACAAAAUACAAAUGAAAAAAAGGAGAUUGAUAAAGAAAAUGACAAUACAUCUAAUGUUUUGACAACUAGUGCCAAGUAUGUAGCACAUACAGUAAUUUUAGGUGGGAGUUAUGCUAUAAGAGGAGUAUACGCGUGUGGAUCAUAUAUCACCAAAAUUUUUACGGGAUAAAGAAUAUCUCUUUUCCUCUCUUUUUAAGACAUUAUUAAGAAUUUAUAAUUCCGUAGCACAGAACUAACUUUAGACAAGUUCUUACUACUUUUUUCUUGUACUCAUACAUAAAUUUAUUUGUUAUUAAGUACCAUAGAUAGCCUUGUAUUUGUAAUUUUGUUAUUAAAUAUAGAUACUAUAGAUACUAUAGAUAUCUAUAGUAUCUAUAGUAUCUAUAGAUACUAUAGAUACUAUAGAUAGUAGAAAUAACAACUAAUAUGCACUGUUAUCAUGUAUACUAUUUAUAUUAUAUCAAAUGUAUAAAAUCAUGAAAUUAUGAAAUAACUGUUCCAUUAAAUAUAAAAUUUUUCUUUUUUUCUGUAAA